AUCUAUGGUUGGUUUCGAAAAAAAAGUAUCCGCUUGCCGCCCGACUUCUAGCGCUUGUUCUGAUUUUUGGGGAUUUCGCGCCUCAAAUUAGUAAUUUUAAGUUGUAAUUUGUAUUUCACAUGACAAUCUAUAAUGGGUGCUUACUUAUCUGAGCCUGUUACUGAGAAAGUUUCUAGCGAUGAGGCAAACGACAAGUUAGAAUGCGGUGCCAGCUCCAUGCAAGGAUGGCGUGUCAAUCAAGAGGAUGCUCACAACACAAUCCUGGACUUCGACACGAACACAGCGCUGUUUGCAGUGUAUGAUGGGCAUGGGGGGGCGGAGGUGGCCACCUACUGCUCGCAGAAGCUGCCCGACUUCAUCAAGAACAUUGAGGCUUACAAGAAUGGAGAAUAUGUGAAGGCACUCGAGGAUGCCUUCCUCAGUUUUGAUGCUACAAUCGCCACAAAAGAAGUCAUGGAUAUUCUGAAAGAAUUGGCUGGAGAAAUAAACCCGCCAGGCCCGAGCGACAAUGAGGAGUCGGAGGAUGAAAAUGUCAGCAAUCUGUACCAGGAGGCCAAGCUGCCACUUCAGGAGGUGCUAGCGAAGUACGAGAACAAGCUGAGCACGCUGCACCGCGCGCGGCUCGGCGACGCCGCCACGCCGCUGUCGCCGUGUCUGCGCGCCAAGAAGAACGACGAGGCUGGUGGAUCAGGCGCAGGAGCCUCCAGCAGCUCCUCCUCAGCCGUGGCGGCGGCGGGGUCGAGCUCGGAGCCGGACGCGGGGUCCAGCGGUGCGGCGCCGGACGCCGACGCGGGCGGCGUGUCGUCCACCAACCAGGACGAUAAGGAGGCUAAUGGAGAGGUAUCCACCAGCGAAGCCGCCUCAGUCAUGGAGGUAGACAAGGCAGCGGUCCCGGACAGCUCGGCCGACACGCACCUACAGCCGGAGCCGAGCGCCGCGCCCGCCAGCAAUGGCGCCUGCAACGGAGAGGUCACCGAGUCCAAGCAGGGAGGAGAGGACGCGGACAUAUCCUCGUCCAAUGGGUCUGCCACGCCGGUUAAGGGGAAGGCUAAAGACAAAUCCUCCCCCGUAUCCAGCUCAGCGGCCGCCACGCCCGACCGCCCCAAGAAGGCGAAGCUCCGCCGCGCCGCCGCGCUGGUCUACGAGUCUCUGCUGCGGCACGCCGGUGAAGACGACGAUGAGAGUGACUCCAACGACGAGAACUUCGAGGGAGAGGCCAGCGAUGACGAGGAGAAUGUUAACGGGGUGGAUGAGUCGUCUAAUGAUGGUGAAGCCGAAGAAGAAGAAGAGGAGGAGGAGUACGAGGCGGAGUCCAGCGACGACGACGGCUCGGAGGAGCUGUCCAUGAGCGAGGAGCCCGGGAACGACAGCGGCUGCACCGCUGUGCUCGCGCUGUUGAGAGGCAACGAGUUGUACGUGGCCAACGCGGGCGACUCUCGCUGCAUCAUCUGCCGAGAGGGCAAGGCCAUCGACAUGUCCAUAGACCACAAGCCAGAAGACGCGCCCGAACUGGAACGCAUCACCAAGGCCGGCGGCAAAGUCUCCAACGACGGACGAAUCAACGGCGGCCUCAACCUGUCACGAGCCAUCGGAGACCACUCUUACAAGCAGAAUAAAGAGCUCAAUGACAAAGAGCAGAUGAUCACAGCACUGCCCGAUGUAAAGACGUUGACGAUAGAUCCGGUGAAGGACUCGUUUAUGGUGCUAGCGUGUGACGGCAUCUGGAACUUCAUGUCUAGUCAGGACGUGUGUGACUUCAUACUGCCUCGGCUAGAGGAGGGCAGGGAGCGCCUGUCGCAGAUCUGUGAAGAGAUGUUCGACCACUGCCUGGCCCCCAGCACGAUGGGCGACGGCACGGGCUGCGACAACAUGACGGCCAUCAUCGUGCGCUUCAAGAACGGGCUCGUGGCGGAGGCGACCCGUGUCGACAAGCGGCAAGCGGACGACGACACGGCCGCCGACCAACAGACCUCCAAGCGACAGAAGGUCGACGACUCGCUGUCGAGCUCCAUCGUCACCUCCAGUGUCUAACUGUUACAGUGCACAUAGUAUUUGUGAUGUGAACACUUUUUUUUACUAAAGCGAAUGGAAGGGAGUAGUUUCGGGGUUAGCGGCUCCUUGUAAGGGCGCGUUUGAUGGGGUCAGAUGCGGCUGUGUGCGUUGUGGCAGAUUCUAAAGCGACUAAAGAUUCAUUUUGAGCUGAAAUCUGUUAUGUGGUAAUGAUGAUUGUGAUUGGUCCUCCAAAUGUAAUUUCCGGUGCUGAAAUUUAAGUUUUCACAGCUCAAAAUGUAUGUUUAGUAGGUUCAGAGUUGGCCCUGUUGUUGGGUAACUUGUAAGGACAUUUUUUAAGGUCGGCAGCCGUAUAAUCGAGAAUGCUCUUUACUUUUCACAGCAAGCAUUUUCGAUGUAUGAGCGCUGGCGGUACUUCUGAAACUGUUGAAUGCGUCCCUUCAUGCGGUUAUCAUAUUUUUCAAAGGCGUGUUGUGAUGUCGGUCUUAUUUAUUGAAUAGCCUCGUAGCUUCGAGACGCCAUUGACAUUCGGUGAAGAGUAAUUAUUCAUUGAAAAUGUAAAUACGAGGUGCAACGUCGACGCAAAUUACAAUUUCCCUUUUGCCAAGUACAUUAGUCGGACGGCCGACGGUUUCUAAUUCGAUUUUAGUACUUUGUUAUAGAGGAACGUGAAGGGUAGGCAAGGAAGGGUUGCUAGUUGAUAUGAAUUUUAGAACUGACCUGUUGAUUGAUAACGUUUAGAUUUAAGUUGUAAGUUUAAGUUCCGUAAUACGCGACGUCACAGCGUAUUCAUUGCAGCUAUUGCAUUUAGUUCCGGCAGAGUGCCCUAGGUUUCUUUUAAUUUAAACACUGACUGCCGGUCCUAUUGUCUUGUAUAGCCCGGAGUUUUUUUUUGUUAUUUUGUAAUCAUUAAUCAAAUAUAGAAAUACAGUUUUAUUUAUUGAAUUGGGCUAAAUCAGACAUCAAUUGUGUUUUAAUACAGUGUAAACAUACAUGAUUAGUCAUUCAAAAAGUAACCAAAAUUAGUUUAAGAUUAUUUACAUGCCUAUUACUGUAUACAUAGAUAUCCCAACGUUUAACGAACUAGAUGAGACAUUUCCUUUGAUCCCAGUUGUAUUUCCGGUGGCUGUAACUCGGAAAUCCAUCACGUUAUUAUUUAUUUCUAGUGUAGCCUUUGGUUGAGAUGAAGCGAGGGGUCCUCGCCACAUAUAAUUUACAUUCGACAUUGGCUUGUUCCUACUCGAUGUAGUCAAAAUUGAAAUCGUUUUGGAAUCAAUGGAAAAAUGAUACCCAUUUUAUAGUUAUAAGUAGUUAUAUUUUUGUAAUAAUGUUAAUGGUAAAUUGUGAUUUCGGACAUUCAAAAAUGACCCAGUGUAUUUCUUAUUCCUAUGUUUAUUAUAUUGGUUGAAUUGUAUUCCUUCAAGUAUCAGACAUCUUUUGUAAAUGACAUUAUGUUUUCGGUUAUUGUGUGUUACAAUAUUUCGGCAAAAUACAUUUUACAGACUGCAUUAUGUA